AACAAGAGGAAGAAGCCUUGCUUGUAGUCUGCCGGAAGAAAAAGAAAACAAACAGCUUGCGUCUUUUAUUAUUUUACGGAUGUCUUUGAGAAAAUGCUUUUCACAACAUGCACUGAAAAACUGACUCAAUGUUACGAGCGGUACCGGGAAUAUGUCACGAAAAAUCCAGCAGCAACUGCACAGCUAGAGAGUGCGGUCCGAACCUUGUCCUAUCUGAUUGCAGGGAGGUUUACAGACUGCCAUGAAAUCUCUGAACUAGUAUACACGGCUUCCAAUCUGUUGGUGUUGCUGAAUGAUGGCAUACUGCGUAAAGCACUUUGUCGCACGAUACCUAGGCAAAAGAUCCUCACGUGGCUAUCUGCACUGGAGUAUGUGGAGGUCUUUGUGGAAAUGGGUGCCACUAAGCAGUGGGGUGAAGGUGGGCGCUGGCUGGUCAUUGGGAUCAUCCACAUCCUGAAAGCAGUCUUGCGCAUCCAGCUGCUCUUUUGGUACAAAUCAGGAAUUCAGACUUCACCUCCUAUAAUACCCCUGGACAGAGAAGCAGGUCUCAGAAACCAAGACACAGAACAUGGUGAUCACCCUGAAGACCCAUCCUUUGUAGGGCAGCGGUCAGGACGUGUGAUCAGACCACUUGGCAGCACGCCCCCUCUGCACACCAGGCUGUGGGAGGCGCCUGGCAGGGAGAGGAGGCAGGACUGUGAAGACCCUCCUUCUGCUCCAACACAGCUGGGUUUCCAGGAGACCUUGGCAGAGUCUCUCUUUAUUGGACGCCCACUCGUGCACUUGCUUUCACUUGGAUUAUGUGGAAAACGCUCCUGGAAACCAUGGGUUAUCUCUGGAGUCCUUGAAGUAACCAGUUUCGCAUUGCUUUAUGACACAAAAUCUCUGACGCGACCAGAAAGAGCAGAGUUGAGAAGAAGAGCCCUCCUACUUCUCUACUACCUGCUGCGUUCACCUUUCUACGACAGAUACUCAGAGACAAAGAUUAUUUUCCUACUUAGAUUCCUGGCUGAAUAUGUACCUGGAGUUGGACUUAUUGCACGCCCUCUAAUGGAUUACCUACCUGUCUGGCAGAAGAUCUAUUUCUACAACUGGGGAUAAGAGCUUGGGCCGGAAGAGAAUGUUGUUUAUUCGUAAGAAAGAAAGGAAGAUUUUUCAACUGCAGAGACUCACAAGCACAAGUCUACAGACAAUGUGUUAAAUUGGUGUAUGAUUACGCCAUGUUAAUCUACAAAGAGGUCUGUGCAUGUUGAUGUACGUAUUAUACCCGUAGGCAUGUAUUGAUUGCACAUUGGCCUAAAUCUGUUUUUCAUAUGCUAUUUUAAUAUUUUCUCAAUACAAAAUCAUCGUAACAGGAAAAGUGAUCAAUAAAUACAUAACUUGGUGGAUUACUUCUUUGAAUAAGCAUAUUGUAGUGCACUCAUCUGAUCACAGCUAACACAUUAUGUUGUCAUCAUUAUGAGUAAUUGCUGACAGAAAAAUCACACACUCCCAAAGGAUAUAACAUUCAGGUAUGUAAAUGCUCUUUCCAUGUUUACAAUUUGUUUGGCUUUUAAAUGUAAUUAUGUUCAUACAUGUUGGUGUAUUUGAUACCAAACACAAAAGAAUGAAUACGCUGAUACUUUCUGAAAUACCAUGUUUGGUCAAAAUGCAGACUCGAUGUAUUCAAGAUCAAUGCCCAGAUGUUUAUUUACCCAUUCUCAUGCUAAUUGUGAUAAGUGUGGAUCCAUUUAGGCUUACUGCCAAACAUACCCAUCGCCCCUACAACUAAACACAAACAAAUAACCUCAAACGGUAUUGAAACAAAUAUUUAUCAAGACGUAUUUGGAAUGCAUGUUGUUAAAACACGCAAUGAAAUUGUGACGCAAUAAAUAAAUAUACUAAUA